AUGAUUUCAUUCGUUCAAACCUUAUUAUUUACGACAGCUGUCGGCGCUGCCCUGCGAUCGAGGCAAGUCAAUGAUGGCUGCUGCUUUCAGCUCGCCUCGGUGGGAAUGGUCAACGAGACCGUUUUAGAGGACCAUGUCGGCGACUUGCUUCUUGGUGGUACUUUUCAGCAGGGCGGAUUCUGUCUAGAUAAGACGACCAAAACCAUACAAGAUAGUCUAGGACAUAAUUGUUUCAUGAGAGGACCAGAUUAUCAGUUUGAGUGCUAUCAAGGCGCCGUCGGAACCACAGCAUUCGAUAUCGCACCUCCAAAGGCAGAUGGAAAGUCACGCCUCACAUAUGAUAAUGAUUCUGGAGUUUUCUACGCAUGUCCUAUUGACUCCGAAAGCUACGACAUAUAUUCUUCAGACAAAGCUGAUAAGACUGGCACGCCCAACCCGACCGUUACGACGCGCCAGUCAUCACCUCAAAAAUGCGCUAUAGAUCCAUCAGCACCCUCACUUGCACCUUACCAAUUACGUCAUGGCAACUCGUCCGUUCCAAGCGGAAGCAAUGAUACCUCAGCUGAAGUCUUAAUUAGCCGAAACUACAGCACCAUGUUCGACUACGACAUCCCGAGCACAUUUCCUCCCGCCAACACCGCAGGAAAGUCCUCACUAUGUGCUCUACAAUUCCGCAUGCCGGUGUGUACUUCCCUUCCCAAGGGUUAUCCCUGCUAUAGCUUUAGCGGUCUGGAGCAGGAGGUCCUGUCCAACUCUGGUAUGACGUUCCACCUUGUGGAUGACGACGGCAACGCCACGUGGAACAGCACAGAGUUGCACCAAGUGUUCCCCGGGGAGAACACCACGAUCGGCACUUUCGAGUGCGGGCAGGCGGCCGGCUACGACGAGUCGCGGAAGAUGAGCUGGCACGUCAGCAGCGUCAGGGAUUUCUCUCUCGAAUUCCUCCAAGCGGGCGUCGGUCAAUCCGCCCAGUUCCAGAACGGAAUCGGUGCGUGGAUUGUGCCAUGCCAGUAG